AAAAGUGUGUUUGGAACAAGCCUUUAAAUUAUAUGACUCAUAUGCCACAACCCUAAAAAGAAGGGGAAAUACAUUGUAUUUCAUUUCUCACGCAAGCACUGUCUUGUUUGUUGUUGUGACCUAUACUUCAUAACACAACACAUUCCUACUACAACUCAUUCAUAUUAUAAAGAAAGAUCACAACUUUGCGAGAGAGAGAGAGAGAAAGCCUACGUGGGUUCUUCUUCAAUUUCAAGGUAUACCCUCUUCUUAAAGAUCAAAACUUGAACACCUUAACUCAACUGGGUCACUUGUUUCUUUUGUGAUUAGUGACAUAACAAUAACAAGUGACUUGUUUGUUUAGAAACAUGGAUGUGGGUCAGAUGCGGAGACAAUGGAUGGACUACAUCAAAACCAUGUUCGAGGAGGGGUUCUUAGAUGGUCAGUUUCUGCAACUUCAACAGCUACAAGAUGAGAAUAACCCUGAGUUUGUUUUUGAAGUUGUUUCUCUUUUCUUUGAUGAUUCCGAGAGGAUUCUCAAAGAUCUGUCCUUUGCUCUGGAGCAGCAAAGUGUUGACUUCAAAAAAGUUGAUGCCCAUGUGCACCAGUUUAAGGGUAGCAGUGCAAGCAUAGGUGCACAAGGGGUGAAAAAUGCCUGCAUUGCUUUCCGCAACUUCUGCGAGGAACAAAACAUAGAUGCUUGCCGCAGAUGUUUACAGCAAGUGAAGCAAGAGUACUUUGUUGUUAAGAAUAAGCUUGAAACAUUGUUGAGGCUUGAGCAGCAGAUAGUUGCAGCUGGCGGCUCGAUCCCUACGAUGGAACUGAGUUUUUAAAGUGAGUGAUAUGUAAAAAUGCUUGUAUUAUGAUCCUCUUGUCUGUCGAGGAUCAUCUAUUUCUCUUAUGUCUCUUGUGAAUGUAUCAAUUUUUAUGUGGAUAGAAGUUUUCAUCCAAUGUACCUUGUUCUUCACAAGAAAACACUUUCAUAAUCUGUAAUAUUUUUCAUGCUUUAAUGAAGGUUAAUGGCGUUAGUAUAAGAUAAA